UCUCAUAAUGGCAGGCACAAAAUUAGUAGCUCUUAGUUUUAUUGUUCUCUUGAGCCUUGGAUUAGGCAAUGCUGCUAGGGUGACUAGAUAUGCUAGUACCUACGGAACAGGCUAUGGAGGAGGGGAGGGCGGGGGUGAAGUGAGUGGUGCUGGCUCAGGUUCUGGAGCUGGGUCUGGGUCUGGCCAGAGUUCUAGCAGUGGUGUACAUGCAAACGGUGCCGGUGGAGGCGGAGGGGGUGGUAGUAGCCAAUACGGUGGCAUUGGUUCUGGGAGGGGAUCGGGUCUCGGUGCAGGCUAUGGUCAGUAUAGUGAAGGAAGAAACGGGGAUGUUGGUGGUUUUUCUAGCACUGGUGGUACCGGCGGUGGUGAUGGUGGAGGACAAGCGACCGGAGGUCAGGGAUCUAGUGGCCAUGGAUCAGGCAAAGGUGUUGCAUCCGGCUCUAGCGACGCCACUAAUAACUACUACACUGGAAACAGUAAUGCGGAGGCACAUGCUAAUACCAUCGGUAGUGGCAGUGGAUAUGGCACAAAUGGUGGUAGCGGUGGCGGCAGCGGCGCUGGAUCUGCGUUUGCCGAUGCCAAUCCUUAACUUGCUUUCACCAUGUGAAUCUGCAUAUGGAGCCCAACCUGCUCUCUGUCGAGUGGGUAACACAUAAUUUUUAAUAAUGUGUUUGUACUUUUCAUGUUGUUUGUUCCAAGAAAUAAAGGGCUUCCUCGUUCCGAUAAUAUGUUAGUACGUAAUAGUCUAGUGGAUAAGAAGACACAGUGGCCAUAUAUGGGCUUCCCAUAAUGUAAUAUGUCGAUGGUUAUUAUAUAUCCAGUUGUAC